AUGUUUGCCCAGUACUCCCCCCUCUUCACCUCUGGCCUUCUCUCUGGCCGCAACUCACCUGAAGAACCCCUCCCCUCCUCAUCCCGCUCCGACUCCUUCCAGCAGCCCACAAAGAAGCAGUUCCACGAUAGCCUCCCCCUCACCGUCAGCACCGCCUCCUUCCAUGCUGCAGUGCGCACCCCCAACGGCGUAGAAGAUAACGCCCUCCUGCUUACCUUUGUGCCCCGCCGCCGCACAGAGGAGGGCCGUUCCUUCCUCUCCCUCGAUCUCGCCGAGAGCCAGUCCAUGCGCUCCAUGAGCCUCCGCAGGAAGGACACCGUCACCACCCGUGCUACCACCUGCGCAGUGGGCCGGUCCGAGCCAAGCUCGCCUGCUGCGAGCAGUCCUCCCCGCCUACGCGAGCUCGUGUUUUCCCAGUUUGCUGUGUCGCCUACGGAGCUCAAGCCCCACGCGGACACCAGGCUUCGCCGGCCCUCGCGCGAGGCGCUUCGUCUUCCCUCGGCCAAACCUGCUCCCCUCGCGAGUCUUCCGGAGCCCCCACGCCUCCUCCACCGGCGCCGCGCCUCCAACCUCACCCUCACUCUGUCUGCCUGUCUGUCCACCGCUGCAUCUGCGCGCUCUCCCGUUUCCCCUGGGCACCGCGCGUCGCACUCGGCCCCAUCUGUCAUCUCGCCCUGCCUGUCGCCCAUGCUCUCGCCUGAGCAAUCCUACUUUCUGUUCUCGCCUGUGUCCCCCCUAUCGCCGUCCAGCCCUUCCGCGCCUGUUGCGUCGACGUCUCGCGUGAACGCUGUGGCCCCUUCGCCGCCGCAUUCUGCGCCGGCGGCCGUCCCCCUCCGUGCCACACCGUCUUUCCGCUCGGUCGCGUCUGCGAAUACCCGCCAGCGCAAUCGCUCUGCCGCCCUCGCGGUACUUGAGGGGCGUUCCCGGUCGCACUCCAAGCCGCGUCCACGCAACUUUAUGAGCAUGAGCGACGACGAGGACGAUCUGGACGAGGAGCCCCGCUUGGGGCAGAACAGUCGCCUGUUGGAGGUCCUGCAGGAGGACGAGGACAUCGUCAUCCCUUUUCCUCGCGAAGUCGCACCCGCUCCGAAGCGCGAGUCGCCAAGCGGCACUGCGCGGAGUAGCAGCAGCGGUGCGAGCUCGAAGCGGCUCAGCAAGGAGCGGCGGCGGCGGAGUCGGCGGGGGACGCUCGAGUCGCUCCUGCAGCCGCUCGCGAACUUCAUCGAGUUUAAGGACGACGACCGCUCCUCGCGUGGGUGGCGAAGCUUUGUCGAGAUCUCGUCGUAG